AUGAAGUACUUUGUUGCCAUCGCUCUGCUGUUCGCCGCCGCUCAGGCCGUCCCCAUCGAGCUGGGCCACUACGCCCCUGCGCUGGUGCACCACGCGCCCAUCCUGUCGCACGCCGUCCAUGCCGUCCACGCCGAGCCGGUGGCCUAUCCCAAGUACUCCUUCAACUACGGCAUCAAGGAUCCCCACACCGGCGACAUCAAAUCGCAGGCCGAGGAGCGCGACGGUGAUGUUGUGAAGGGCCAGUACUCCCUGGUGGAGCCCGAUGGUUCGGUGCGCACCGUUGACUACACCGCCGACGAUCACAACGGAUUCAAUGCCGUGGUCCACAAGACCGCCCCCACCAAGAUCAUCGCCCAUGCGCCCGUGCUGCAUGCCGCCCCCGUGCUGGCCCACGCCCCCCUGCUGCACCACUACUAA